AUGGGUAGUGCCUGUUCGAGGAAGAGGGGCCAGUUGGUCCAAGAGGAUGAUCUCUACAGUGCGAGGUUCUCCAAGAGCGGAAGCUUCAAGUGGCUGCUGCACACGCUGCCCCGCAGCAACUCUGCCGAUGUGCAGCGGAGAACACAGGGCCCAGCGCCAGGCCGGUGCCCGUCACUUGUGGAGCUGUGUGUGGCCAAAGUCUGCAAGGACAUAAAUAGGUAUUCUGAUUUCUCCCUGCUGCCCAGAGAUCUUAGUCAGCAGAUAUUCAAUGAGCUGGUGGAAUGUGGAUGCCUCACGGAGGCAUCGCUUGGGGCUUUCCGUGAUUGCGCUUUGCAGGAUAUUUGUCUAGGAGACUACCCUGGAGUUACUGAUGCUUGGAUGGAAGUAGUGGCUUCUCAAGGGCAGUCCUUGCUAUCUGUUGACCUCUCUUGCUCGGAUGUGACUGAUAGUGGAUUCAAUCUUCUUAAAGAUUGCUCGAGCAUGCAAAGUUUGGCAUGCGAUUAUUGUGAUAAAAUCUCAGAACAUGGACUCAAGACAUUAUCGGGCUUUUCAAACUUGACAUCGCUGAGCAUAAAGAAAUGUGCUGCUGUUACUGCUGAAGGAGCAAAAGCCUUUGCAAACUUAGUUAAUUUGGUAAACUUAGACCUCGAGCGAUGUCCAAAGAUUCACGGUGGGCUUGUACAUUUAAAAGGCUUGAAAAAACUGGAAAAAUUGAAUAUGAGAUACUGUAAUUGCAUCACAGAUUCAGACAUGAAAUAUUUAUCAGAUCUCACGAAUUUGAGAGAGCUACAGCUCUCUUCCUGCAAAAUCUCUGAUUUUGGUGUUUCUUAUCUGAGGGGUCUGCACAAGCUAGGUCAUCUAAACCUGGAGGGCUGUUCAGUUACUGCAGCUUGUUUGGAGGUUAUAUCUGAACUGGCUUCGUUGGUCUUGUUGAAUCUAAGUCGGUGUGGCAUAUGCGAUGAAGGCUGUGAGAACUUGAAAGGUCUUACAAAAUUGAAGGCUCUAAAUUUAGGGUUCAACCACAUUACAGAUGCAUGUUUAAUUCAUUUAAAAGAUUUGAUCAGCUUAGAGUGCUUGAACUUGGACUCAUGUAAGAUUGGUGAUGAGGGUCUAUUUCACCUGAAAGGCCUCAUACAGCUAAAAAGCCUGGAGCUUUCAGACACUGAAGUUGGGAGCAAUGGACUUCGUCAUCUCUCUGGUCUACGUAAUUUGCAGAGCAUCAAUCUCUCUUUUACAUUGGUUACUGACAUUGGUUUGAAGAAGAUCUCUGGCUUGAGCUCACUGAAGUCUCUUAAUCUUGACAAUCGCCAAAUCACAGAUACUGGUUUAGCAUCUCUUACAAGUCUCACUGGAUUGACACACCUUGACCUAUUUGGAGCUCGCAUAACUGAUUCUGGCAUGAACUGCUUCAGAUUUUUCAAGAAUCUUCAGUCCCUGGAGGUCUGUGGUGGGUUGAUUACGGAUGCUGGUGUGAAGAACAUCAAGGACCUGAAAGCUCUGACGUUACUCAACCUAUCUCAAAAUGGCAACCUCACAGACAAAACCCUAGAGCUGAUCUCUGGCCUGACUGCGCUGGUGUCGUUGAACGUGUCCAACUCCCGGGUGUCCAACUCGGGCCUCCACCACCUGAAACCGCUCCAAAACCUGCGCUCCCUAUCCCUGGAGUCCUGCAGGGUGACGGCAAGCGAGAUCGAUAAGCUCCGGCUGGUCGCUCUCCCCAACCUGAUCAGUGUGCGGCCGGAGUGA